GGUGGCGGCAAGGCGGUGGCAGGGGGAGACCUGGGACUGCUGGCCCAGGCCGAGACCGAGGCCAGGGCCUUGAGCUGGAGGCGGUGCUCGCUCAGUUCUCGAGGAUGCUGCUGCCGGCGGAGGGGCCGACGAGCAGCGAGGAGGAUGUGGUGACGGGCGUGGACCUGGUGCGCCUGCCUCGCCCGGCCGUCCGGGACUCCGUGGCCGAACCGUUUGGGCCCUACAAGAGCCCACUGCUCGCGUUCAAGACCUACAGGUUCAGCACGUACUUCCGCACCAAGGAGCAGCUUCUGCUGAGUUCCCCGUCCUUCAGCAACAAGGUGGAGCCGCGCUGGAGCUUCUGCCACUUUGAGCUCACGGGGACGUGCAAUGACGAGGACUGCCCCUGGCAGCACAUGGCGGACUGUACUCUGGGCCGGGAGGAGCUGUUCCAAGACAUCCUCUCAUAUGACCUCCCCCUGCUGGGCUGUACAAGUGAAAGUUCCCAGAAGGAGAUAAUCACCGCGGCCGAGAGCUACGUGCGUGGCGUGCUGGGCCCCAACACGGAGCGCGUGACGGCCGAUCAGGUGGCCGUGCUGCUCGUGGGCAAGGUCAACGAGCGCGCCCGCCACCAACCCCCCUUCACCACGUUCAAGGAGCGGCGGGCGUGGCGGCCCGUGGCCGUGAGGAAGACGAACGCGGCGGGGACGGCCGGUGGGAGCGACAGCGAGAGCGGCGACGACGGCGUUGACCGCGGGGCGCUCCCCGGGCCCGGCAAGCCCGGUCCAGCCGUGGCACGGCAGGUCGAGGCGGCGGCGUCGGCGGCGUGCAGCGAGCGCUACUUCAGCGCCGGCUCGGAUGACGCCGCGCGGCUCGAGGAGGCCGUGGAGCGGAGCCCCGGCGACAUCCAGCUGUGGAUCAAGCUGUCCGAGAAGUACCUCCACCAGCCCGAGUGCGACCCCACGGAGGCGCUCAACGCAGCCCUCACUGCCUGUCGCGGGCGCUGGAGGCGAACCGCGGCAGCGGCGAGGUGUGGGGUCGCUACCUGGCGCUGUUCGCCGGCUGCGUCGGCAGCCACAAGGAGCUGCAGGAGAUGUGCGAGUGGCCGUGGGCUACGCGCCCCGACCACGGCCUGUGGUGGCAGUACCUCUCGCUGGAGCGAACGUACGAGGGCAAGGACUACGUCUGCUCCCGUCUGCUCCAGUUCCUCGUCGCCGCGGCGGCGACGGCGGCCGACCGGCGCCUGCACUCGCACCGCCUGCUCGAGGCCCUGCUCUACCGCGUGCAGCUCAACGUCUGCACGGGGCGCCUGCAGCUGGCGCUCGAAAUCUUCCGGCAAGCGCUGAAAGCCGACUGGCACCGCCGGGAAAGAAGAGGAGGAAGAUGCGACGCGGGAACCGUGCGUGUCGGCGCUGCUGCUCCCUGCCGACCGCGCCGUCGCGUGGCUCUCUUAUCUUCACGCCGUCGAGUUUGGCG